AUGCUGCAUCAAAAAAUAGCUCAUAAAGUUCGAAAAGUCGUCGUCCCAGGUAUUUCCUUAUUGAUUUUCUUCCAGGGAUGCCUUAUUCUUUUGUUUCUCCAACUCACCUAUAAGACUCUUUACUGUAGAAAUGAUAUAAGGAAACAAAUUGGUCUCAAUAAAACCAAAAGAUUAUUUAUUGUCUUGGUAUCAUCCAUUUUGCAUGUUGUCGCACCAUCUGCAGUGAGAAUUACCACUGAAAAUUCCAGUGUUCCUAAAGGUACUUUUUUUUUAGACUUGAAGAAGAAAAGGAUUCUUUCUCAUCUAAAGUCCAAUUCGGUGGCCAUUUGCAAUCACCAAAUAUACACGGAUUGGAUAUUUUUAUGGUGGUUGGCUUACACAUCGAACUUAGGGGCUAAUGUCUUCAUUAUUUUAAAAAAAUCGUUGGCUUCCAUUCCUAUCCUCGGUUUCGGUAUGAGAAACUAUAAUUUCAUUUUUAUGAGUAGAAAGUGGGCACAAGACAAAAUAACCCUAAGCAACAGCCUUGCUGGCCUUGAUUCGAAUGCAAGGGGCGCCGGCUCACUUGCUGGAAAGUCACCUGAGCGCAUAACUGAGGAAGGAGAGAGCAUAUGGAAUCCGGAGGUUAUUGAUCCAAAACAAAUCCAUUGGCCAUACAAUCUUAUCCUAUUCCCUGAAGGUACAAAUCUCAGUGCUGAUACUAGGCAAAAAAGUGCUAAAUAUGCUGCCAAAAUAGGCAAAAAGCCAUUCAAGAAUGUGCUACUGCCUCAUUCUACAGGCCUAAGAUACUCGUUACAAAAGUUGAAGCCAAGUAUUGAAAGUCUUUAUGAUAUUACGAUCGGCUACUCCGGUGUAAAACAGGAGGAAUAUGGUGAGCUUAUAUAUGGGCUGAAGAGCAUAUUUUUAGAAGGAAAAUACCCGAAGUUAGUCGAUAUUCACAUCAGAGCAUUUGAUGUUAAAGAUAUUCCAUUAGAGGACGAGAAUGAAUUUUCAGAAUGGCUGUAUAAAAUUUGGAGUGAGAAGGAUGCUCUAAUGGAAAGGUACUAUUCCACUGGAUCAUUCGUAAGUGAUCCUGAAACAAACCAUUCAGUUACCGAUAGUUUCAAGAUCAAUCGUAUUGAGUUAACUGAAGUGCUAAUAUUACCAACUCUAACAAUAAUUUGGUUAGUUUAUAAACUUUAUUGUUUUAUUUUUUGA